AGAGUGCAAAAUAUCUAAAAACUGCUUGGCAGUAGAUGUUCGCAUCUAGGACAAAACGGCUGGCAGGGAAAGGGUUUCUUCAACGGGUUAAACAGUGGCUGGAGAGGACACGCUACCAGAAUCAGUCUUCAGGCAGUGAAGCAGCUGUUAUAAAGGUGAAGGCUGAAAGACAGUACAUCGUUGUCCUCCAAGAAGCUAAAGAGAUGUGGUUUGACACCUUUUUUAGAAGAGUCCGACCAAUGUUUGUCAAGAGGAGCUUGAAAGUAGUAAAUGGAUAUUAUUUUGUCUCCAGUAAAGGACAUAAAAUCCAGAACCCAACAACCGAUGUCCACAGAUUCCAAGAAAAGUAAGUUAUUUUAUUUACUGUCAAUAUAGUCUUUAAUGCCCAUUAUCAUUUGAUAACAUUAUUAUGGUUAUACAAAUGUAACAACUAAUAUGUUCUUUACCCUGUAGGUUUGAUGCUUGUUUGGCCAGCGGACAGGAAACACAGGAAAUUUUUAUAAAAUUCAUCUGUGACAGCAGCUUGAGAGACCAGGAGCUCAUUGAAAGAUAUCUGAAGGCAGAUUCAAGUCUGAAUGAGAGCAUCAUCAACAAGCAUAUACGUGCUGCCAUAAGCGUGAGUGAGCUGCAGAGGACAUGGGCCGAACCUUCACACUCAAGAGAGGGAGAACAUCCAACACACCAAAACAACCCAUCAGAAAAAGAAUUAUCAUACAAGAACAUAGAGGACAAAUUUCCAGUGGGCCCUGACACCAAUGGCCCAACACUGAAACAAUGCCAGGCAGUUUCAGAAUUACACGGGAGAUACUGCUACAACAGAUGGAGGAGGCAGCAGAAACAGAUCCGUAUGGAUGUCAUCAUUGCACAUUACAAGCAUGAAAAGCCAACCCCCAGCCAAGUCCAGAGCUACCUGAAUCGGCAAGGGUGGCUUAAACAAGCCCCAACUGUGGAGGACAUCCUGCUGCACUGGGAGGCCAGUGAAAAGCUGAAAAGUGAUGCCACAGACAGAAGAAUACAACGUCUUAUCAACACUCAGCAGUGGCCAGGAUUGGCUGUUGUGGAUGACCCAGUCAAAGGAGAAAAAGUUGUGACUCUCCAGGACUUUAAAAAAGGUGACUACAUUUGUGACUACCAUGGGCCGGUCAUUUCUGCAAAGGAAGGGGAACGGCUGAUGAGGUCGGUGGAGCAGAAUGAAAUGGGAUACUUAUUUUUCUUCUUGGACAGAGGGAAUAAAAUACUCUGUAUCGAUGCCCAGAAUGUCCCUUGCUCCUGUCAUAGUGACCUACCGACAACUUAUGGGAGGAAAAUUAACCAUUCCUGUAAAAGGCCAAACCUCAGACCCACGGUCAAAUAUUUCUCAAAUGACAACAGACCGUACAUGUGCACGAACUUUGGCAUGCAGGACUUUGCACUUUUUGGCACAUCAUUCAAGAAUCUAAACAGAUUGAACACUCUUUACAACAGUUCCAUUCCUAAGUAACAUUCAUCUUUACAGUUAAAUUUUAAAACUGAACUAUUUAUUUGUUGCUAAAAUAAUUAUUUGUUUG